CUAUGGUGUUGAAGAAGUGAUUUUAUCCGUCAUCUAUCUAAGAUCCUAUUCAAGUAGAGACUUUCAUGACAAGGUUUCUAGAGAGUCUCUUUUUGAAAAUUUACAGUAUGAAGCUGUUAUAGAAGAAAACACUUCAAAAGAGUCAACCAGUCCGAAUGAUGAAAUAAAUGAAGUAAACAAUAAUAAUAAUGGCAGCAAACAUGAUGUAACUGAUAAGGAGGGUUUAACUGUAUUUUUUGAAGUUAGACCUGGUACUGCUCUCCCUGGAUUACACUAUAUGCCUACUCCUAAAGGAUAUAUUCAUUUCGGAAAGUCUGACACAGAACGACAAAUUACUGUUAAACUGAAUACAAACAUAACAGAAGAAUAUACACGAGAACAAGUGGAAUUUUAUGUCGUUUUAAAUGUAGAUUCUGAUAAGAAACUGGAGACAAUAGCAAAAGCAAAUACUCAUUUUUCAGUUGCAUCACCAAGUGAUUUGGGUAAUCCUUCUGUGGCUCGAGUUCUAUUAGUUCCUGAAGAAGCAAUCAGUCAUUUUGAAUUACAAUCAAGCCAUUACUAUCCAAAUCCUAAAACACCUAUAAUAAGUGUUGUGAUAAUACGACAAAGAAACUGUGAAAUUAAAGAAACUAUACAUGUUGUCACAAGAGAUGGCAAUGCAAAAGGUUGGAAAGGAGAUCAAUGUCAAUCUGGAGAUUAUGAAGCCAUUGAUGAGAAUGUUUUAUUCAGUAUUGGUGAAAAGAGAAAAGCAAUUGAGAUUAAAAUAAAACCAGACAGAGAGAGUCAGAAGUACUUUUUCGUAGAACUUCAUGAUUCAGAGGAUAAAACAAAAAUUGGUAAUCAUACAGAAGCUAUAUGUUUCAUUAGACCAAUUGAAAUUAUCGAAGGAAAUGAAGGAGAUAAUGAUUCAGAAAUUGGAUGGACGGAACAGUUUCGUAUGGCUGUUUGUUUACUUCCAAACUAUAAUGAAAAUGGAGAUCAAAUACCGUCGACAGUUGCUCAAUACAUGGUGCAUGCUGUUACCUUUGUUUGGAAAUUAAUUUGUGCAUUCCUCCCUCCUAGAAAAUAUUUAGGUGCCUACCCAACGUUCAUUACAUCAUUAAUAUUAAUUGGACUACAGACUGCAUUAGUUGAAGAGUUGUCUAAUUUAUUGGGUUGUACAGCAGGAAUUAAAACUGCUGUUACUGGUAUCAGUUUGGUUGCAUUAGGUACAUCAUUACCUGAUGUAUUUGUCAGUAGGACCGCUGCUAUCUGUGAUAAAAAUGCUGACAACAGUAUUGGAAAUAUUACAGGUUCCAAUAGUGUUAAUGUAUUUUUAGGUGUUGGACUGCCAUGGUUAAUUAGUGCAAUAAAUGCAAAAGUCAAAGGGAAACAAUUUUGUAUUUCAUCGGAAAAUAUUUUAGAAGCAAUAUCUUUCUACUUAAUAUGUGCUUUUUUAUGUUUAGGAAUGCUGAUAAUUCGUAGAAAGAUUUAUGAUGGGGAAUUAGGUGGGCCAAUGUGUUCAAAACUGAUAUCAGGAAUUUCGUUAAUACUUUUAUGGAUUACAUAUGUCGUAUUACUGUCACUGGAAUCCUAUAAUGUAAUAAAUUGGGAUUUAGUUAGAAAACAAUCAACUUGUCUUUAA